GUGAAACAAGCAUAUUGAAAAAUGACUGGUCGUGGUAAAGGUGGCAAAGGCUUGGGUAAGGGAGGCGCUAAGCGUCAUCGCAAGGUUCUGCGUGAUAACAUCCAGGGUAUCACGAAGCCCGCUAUCCGCCGUUUGGCUCGUCGUGGCGGUGUAAAACGUAUCUCCGGACUCAUCUACGAGGAGACUCGUGGAGUGCUGAAGGUGUUUUUGGAAAACGUUAUCCGUGAUGCCGUCACCUACACCGAACACGCCAAGAGGAAGACAGUCACAGCCAUGGAUGUGGUGUAUGCUCUGAAGAGACAAGGUCGCACGCUGUACGGCUUCGGCGGUUAA